CUAUGUUGUAGAGCAUGACGGGAAGGAUUCAGCAGCAAUGACAGGAGAAUGGAACCCGAGCCCUGGACACCUGGUUUGGGGUUUUGGACCCCUGAGCUGUGACAGCAUCUUCUUGUGAAAGCACUUCGGAAAAUCUGAAGAAGUCUCUAAGCCACAGAUUAAGUAACUGAGGCCAGAAAACAUUAAGUGACUCAUCCAAGGUCAUAGGUUCAAAGAAGAAGAGCCAGCCCUUCCUUCAUGGAUUGCAAAGAAAAUGAGUACUGGGAUCAAUGGGGACGGUGUGUCACCUGCCAACUGUGUGGGCCUGGACAAGAGCUCUCCAAGGAUUGUGGCUAUGGAGAGGGUGGAGAUGCAUACUGCACAGCCUGCCCUCCCCGCAGAUACAAAAGCAGCUGGGGCCACCAUAGAUGUCAGAUUUGCAUCACCUGUGCUGUCAUCAAUCGUGUCCAGAAAACCAACUGCACAGCUACCUCUAAUGCUGUCUGUGGGGAUUGUCUGCCCAGGUUCUACCAAAAGACACGCAUUGGAGGUGUGCAGGAUCAAGAGUGCAUCCCAUGCACGAAGCAGACCCCCACUUCUGAGGUUCAAUGUGCCUUCCAGUUGAGCUUAGUGAAGGCAGAUGUACCCACAGUGCCCCCUCAGGAGGCCACACUUGUACUGAUGAGCAGUCUGCUCGUGGUGUUUACCCUGGCCUUCCUGGGGCUCUUCUUCCUCUACUGCAAGCAGUUCUUCAACACACAUUGCCAGCAUGUUGCAGGAGGUUCGCUGCAGUUUGAGGCUGACGAGGCAGCGGAGGAGGAAUCUCUCUUCCCCAUGCCACCUGGCCAGGAGACCAGUCCUGAGUCCCCACUGAGUGAAAGCAUCUUUGAGACCCAGCCACUUAACCCCAUCCUGGAUGACGACAGCAGCUCGACUCGUGGCUUCCCCACCCAAGAGUCUUUUACCAUGGCCUCCUGCGCCUCAGAGAGCCACUCCCACUGGGUCCACACUCCCAUCGAAUGCACAGAGCUGGACCUGCAAAAGUUUUCCAGCUCUGCCUCCAAUACUGGAGUUGAGACCCUGGGGGGGAACACAGCUGAAAGCUCUGGAGACAGGCUGGAACUCAAUGUGCCCUUUGAAGUCCCCAGCCCUUAACUCUACUGAGGUGAGCUGGAAAGGUGGGGAAGAAGGACCAGAAAUUGGGGACCACCCCCAAGGAAUCCUGUGGAGUAAUGUUAUUCAGUAGGGCUAGCAGUAGAGGAACAGGAAGCUAAGAACACUGAUGGAUGGAAGGGCAACAGUGGUGAUGCUAAUUUUUUGAGCCAGUCAGAAAUCACAUUUCUGGGCCUCCAUUUGUCAAGGAAGUAGUUGGGUUGACAUGACACCAGGCUCACUAUCUCAGCCUUUGGCAAGCUCUCUCAGUGCCCCACUAUCUAAUAAUUAGUUAUUCAGUUAUAUCCCCUUGUGUGUACAAGCACCAUGGCCCAGUAGAAAAAUACACAGGCCUUGGCAUCUGGGAGCCCUAUAUUUCAAAACUAUCUCCAUUCAUUAAUAGCUAUGUGAAUAUUGUGUAAAUCCCUUUACCUAUCUGAGCCUCAGGCCCUUCAUCUGGAAAGUCUGGAAAGCACUGCUCACCUCUUAAGUUCUUGUGAGGGUUGAAUGAGAAAUGCAUGUGCAAGUGCCUUUUACAAUAUCUGAUGCAUUAGAGAUAUUGAAACCAUGUUAGUUUCUCUUUCCUUCUGUCACCCUCAGUCAUAAUUUACACAUCCCUUCAUGUCCACUACUCAUUGUAUCUUUAUAAUAUCCCUUUAUGGUAAGGAGGUCAAGGUUUAUUAGCCUCAUUUUGUAGAGGCAGGAACUGAGACACAGAGAGAGAAAGUGAUUUGCUCAAAGUCACAGUCCCAGAGCAAAUCAGUGGCAGAACUAGGCUGCAACCCAGGUUUGGGAGCUCUAAUCCAGACCUUGUCCAACUCUAUCAAUGCAACUAUUCCAUAGCCAAUGCUGCUUUCUCAAAGGCUUAAGUAGUAUGAGGCAGCAGAGUGGGUAGUUUCCUACUUUUCAACUAACCAACUACCUUUCACCAUCCAUUUCUGUAUUUCUCCAGCUUAGGUAUUGUCCAGGUCCCUCAAUCACACCCCCCUCCCUACACCCUACCUAGGAAAAUGUGAGCAUAUGUAGAUGAAAGCCAAGACAGCUAUUAAAACAGUCAGCCUAGAUACCUUCAAGGUCACCUAGUCCAACUUACCCUCAAAGUACUCCAAUCCAUGCUUGAGUCCCUUUUAUAUUUCCACCAAAUUUUGUGUAAUCCUUGCGGACAUACUUGCAGUGGCAGUGAGCUCACUACUGCCCAAUGUGUAUUGAAACUCUGACUGGUGAAUUUGAGCUCAAUGUAAAGAAAAACUUUGUCUCCCUAUAGUACUCACCAGUGGGUCCUGGCUUUGUUCCUUGGGCCGCACAGACCUCAUCUGCUUCCCCUGCCUUGUGAUAGCCUUGAAGAAGUCUGAAGAUAGCAUCUCCUCUCUGGAAAGUACCACUUUUGGUUCCUGUAAAGUAUGUGGAGCUUAGAACUGAACCCAGUUUCGUGAGGAAUGGUCUCACCAGUGUAGAAUAGGGUAGAACUAUCAUUGGCCGAAACCAUUUUUUUAAGGGAUGGAGAGAAUAGGGCGCUAGUGAGAUUGCCCCACAGGUUUCUAACUUGCUCUGCUCCCUCCCUAGGUCUCUUGGGCUCCUGGCAGCCUUGCCCUGUCAUUCUCCCUGGACUCUUCUGCCUUGUUCUUAUACCACAGAAGCAGCAGGGGCCUGGGAUAUUGUGUCCACA